AUGCCUGCUCCCAAGAGGAGGGUCAAAAAGAUUAUACCGCCUUCAAGCUUUAGUCAACAAGUCGAGAAAAGGCUAGAUGACGCAAAUGCUACUGAACCCGUCACCAAUCCACCGAAGCAGCCAUCAAAGAUAGCCACGAGGAAGCUUAUACCAGAAUUUAUUGAAGACGGAUUAUCUGACCCAAUUACAAGCUCACCAAAAACAAGUCAAGUGUUUACUGAACCAGCCAGUCAGACGAAACCACAAAAGCCCAAUCAAAAGAAUGAGAAGUUUUCUAAGAAGGACUGGAAGGAGGCCAACAAGGCAACAAGGAAGAAGGAGGAGAUCCUUUCUGAAAUGAUUAUUGAGCUUGCGUCCUCCGUCGAAAGCAAGCUUGGUGGGACUUACUUUGACGAAGUAUUCACUGGCACUCAGUGUAGGAAGAAAACGACAAACAUCCCCAGCAUUUCAUGGAAACGGAAAGUGAAGGCAAUACUCAACAAAGAGAAAGAUGUAUUUGAGCCUUGUGAACCGAGGGAGAUCUCAGAAAAGGUUAUUGUACUAUUCUAUGAGGCGGAAAACUUGGUAGAACAGAUACAAAAAGGCAGUUUGAGAGCCGAUCACGAAUUAGCGGUUAGAAGUGCAGCGGCUGAAGAACCGAGAAUUGAUUACUACGUCAUGGUGAUGGUAACUGGUCUCAAAGAGUAUCUUCGAAAGCUUCAAGGUAUAGAAGAUAGGGCCUACAGAGAUCAAAUGCUCAAAAAAAUGAACGAGCCGGUGUCCAAGAAACGGAAGCAGGAAGAGGUCAUUCUCAAGGCUUCCGAAGCCCAACUUUGCAUUCAGCAGGCUGGUGUUGAUCUCGGCCUCAAUAUGUUCAGUGUCAGAAAUCAACAAGAAGCUGUCGAAUGGCUCCACUCAUUCACUUACACCAUUGGAUCUGCGCUUUACGACAAGUUCCAAAGAAACGCAAGCCUUGCGAACAUAGGCACUGUCAGACUGGGCACCGACCAACGAAGCACAUUCAUCGAGGUACUCAAGAAGUUCAAUCUCAUGACGCAACCAAGAGCCGAGAAGCUUUAUGAAUUUUACACUUCGCCCGUAGCGAUAUACAAGCGGUUCCUCACUAAUGAUUCGCUUGGAACUGUCAAGGGUAAAAAUAUCGUACCUCCUUCUGCCAAUGCAGCAAUGAAGCGAGUAUUUACAGCUACAGACCCAUCGCAGGUUAUAACAUAG